UGCUACCGGCCUCCUACCUGUCCUGUUCACUCGAGUGUGACCCAAGGAGUUGUCGUCUGCUUAUUUGCGUUCUACCUAACAGUAGACGAGAACAGCCCCAUCUUCGUGGAUGGGCGGGUGUGGAGAUGUCACUGAAACUCGGGAACCUCUCCAAGCAGUAGCAGUUUUGUGAAUAUUUCCUUCAAGUCCUGUCAUCUACAAGUGAACUUUACGGUAUUAACAUUGGCUCUGUGCACUUUUAAAUCUUUCAAGUGCCCCUUCACAUUUCACACGUGCUGUCAGGCACUCAGAGGUGGGAUUUACAAGCUUGACAGAAAAACGAGGAAUUUGUCCCCCUUCCGAUGGGUUUGUUAGUUGGAUGACAGACCGAACAGCUCAUCUGCAGGUGAAGACAGGUUAGUCACCACCACAGCCAGCCAGGGAAAGUAGCGCAUGUAUCAUACAACCAGUGAAUGUACGACACCAUUCAACAUAUGAAUGUAUCGCACGAUAUCAACAUAUGAAUGUACCACACGAUACAACCAGUGAAUGUAUCUCUGAAGCAAUCGUGACACAACCACGCUCGCCCCAGUUCUUUCAGCUAGGCAAACAGUGACUGUAUUGGUGAAUCGGAUAUUUCACCAGCCCCAAAACCCCCUGUCAAGGGGUACGUGUGUUGAGCUGUCAUUCAAGACCUAUAGUAUAUCGGAGCUCUUGACUAUUCAUCAGGUCAGAGCUGAUAGGGUUUAUAGGUGUGACACAAUUCAUCGAGCUUGGAAUGUCUCUUUGGGCGAUGAUGAAUUAUUCAAUGACAGACUUGAUGUCUUGUCUCCUGUAAUUGCAACAAUUCUGACGGAUCACAGCGUGUACGACUAACGAGUGCCAGACAACGUCCAAAUCAUCAGCAAUGGGGACCUGGCUUAAGAAACAUAAGUACAAGUUGAACCAUGACCUUGACAACAUGGACCGAAUUCUGCAAGGAAUCAUUUCGUCCAACCAUCCUGAGCCGAUGAAGAAACAGCUCAUCGAUGCUGUGGCAGUGAAGGGACAGAAGCAGGCUCCAAGCGUCAUCUCCUGUGUGCUGGAGUUGGCAGCAGGAUGGACACUCAAUGGAGAGUCGGAACUGGUGGUUACAUCUGGCUUCAAGGUCUACAUUGAAUGGGCAAAGACCAACAUGGCAUCAGCUGAAUCAUUCUUCAACAGGGAAUAUCUCGUCAACCUCCUGUCGGGCAAGUACAGAAAUGAGGCCAAUGUGCCUAUUCUGCUUCAUGAAAACAUGAGGCUGCUGAAAGACACUGCAACGGCUCAGGCACAUUUCAAGGUCAUAGAAGCUAAGGCCAUCAGCUAUGUGCAGGAACACACAGACUUGAAAUGUCUGAAUAACUUUAUUGUGUUUCUAGAAGACUUCAAGGAAUGCAUCCCGAAGGGUGACUUCACCAGUAAGUUCUGUGUCACCAUCCUUCAUGCAAUGAGUAUGGCAACCAUACCAGAAACAGCCCCAGAGAUGAUCACUUUUGUGAAAGACGCAACACGAAUUGGUAAUUUCUUGCAUCACAUCUGGUCCCAGAACAACAAGGACUGCAUCAUGGACUCUCUGAGGACCAUCUUCAACAUCAUAUCAACACCCGACGACUUGGACCCCUGCUUCUGCCUUGGUGCGGUCGUCAGCUUCAUCCCACUGGACAUGGCCAGCUCGGUGGUGAAGAAUGCCAUCAGUGAUCCAAUCAUUGAUGACUUCAGUAUGACAUCUGCUGUACAGAGGAUGAUUGACUGGCUCACCUGGCCAACGGUCAGGAAUAUCGACCAGUGGGUCAUCAUGUUCCUCAAAGAGUUGGCAGCUGCUAAAAAGUACACCAUUCUGAUAACAGUCACAGACAACAAGGUGGAACAGGUUGCCGAGAAGCUUCAAUAUGUUCCCCUCAGAGAGGCCAGCUUCAACAUCCUGGCUCACAUGCUGCUCAGUUUCCAGCAUGCUCCAGAACCCUUCCACAAGAUCCUACCCAUGAUGCCCCAGAUUCUGCAGGCCAUGAAGCAGGACAUCAGUCCUGAUAGUCAGCACUUCUUCAUCCGCACAGUGGAGCUCCUCCACACCCUGAUGCAGCUGCAUGCUGGCUUCCCUGACCUCUACGACCCAAUCCUUGACGCUGUGAAGGGUUACCCCAAGCCAUCAGGCGAAGCUGUGCGCAUCAUUCUAGAGGAGAAGAGAUGGAGCACCCAUGGUGUCAGCGGACUCAGCCCCUCUCUCAAGAUAUCUGAACGAUCGGACACGGGCAAGACCGGCCUGUUCAACCUCGGCAACACCUGCUACAUGAACAGCAUCCUUCAGGCUCUCUACAUCAGUGAUGAAUUUCGCCAGCAUGUGUUGAGUCACACAUUGGGUCUGGGGGAAACUCUGAUGGGCAAACUCCAGGAAGUGUUUGCCUUCCUCUCUCUGUCUCAGCGGCCAGCCUAUGCCCCAAUGCAUUUCCUGCAGGCGUCCCGGCCUCCAUGGUUCACACCUGGCUUCCAGCAGGACUGCUCUGAGUUCCUCAAGUUCCUCCUGGACCAGCUGCACGAGCAGCAGCUGAAGAUCAACACCAUGAAGAUCCGGAAGAAGGAGGAGAAGACGUCCACACUCAGCAAGAAGUUCAGCCGCAAAUCACAGAAGGUCAAGGAGGCGGCUGAAGAAAAGGAAAUAGACCCUACAUUAGUGCAGAAUAUCUUCGGUGGAAAUAUGUGCACAACAUUUAAGUGUCUGAACUGUAAGAAUGAGUCGAGUCGGACCGAGAGUUUCACCGACAUACCUCUGGCUUUCCCUGAAUAUCCCCAAGCAAAACAGAAAUCUCUGGCGGGAGGAAAUUCAGCCGAUGCUCGUCUUGAUAAAGAUAUGAUACGAGGAGAGCCAGAGGUCGAAUCCACAUCCUCAGAUGGAAGUCCAACAAAUGGUCAGCAAGCUGGUCUGGAUCUGUCCGAUCUGAUCGAUCACUACCUUCAGCCAGAGAAGCUGAUUGGGGACAAUAAAUAUUUCUGUGAGAAAUGCAGAGGUCUGCAAGAAGGUGAGAGAAGCCUAAGGAUCACAAAAUCCCCUGAGAACCUUAUAUUAACACUGCUCCGUUUCUCAUAUGAUGCCAAACUCCAGUCUCGGUCAAAAAUAUUCCGUGAAGUGAGAUACCCAAAGACAAUUGCUUUACCAAUAGAUAACUGUUGCGACUCGGACGGCAGUCCUUAUCCUCAGCAGACAAAACGACAAUGCACGCUGCCAACAGUUAUUGAGCAGAAGCUUUGCGGGAACAGGAAGACAGGGCAUAUGGCAAUCUAUGGAUUAACAGCAGUCAUUGUCCAUUCAGGGACAUCAUCAGAAUGUGGACAUUAUUACUGCUACGGCAGACAUUCCCCCCUGAAGAGCAUGGACACAGUGUGUGAUGAGGUUCAGCUAGCAGGUGGCGAAGGGGAUAUUGACUUUAUGCAUGAGAAAUGGUACCUGUGUAACGACAGCCGGGUGUCUUAUGCCAACUACAGCUCCUUCAGUACUGUGUCGAAGCGCUUCAUGAAGGACACACCUUAUGUGCUGAUGUACCGUCGCAUCGACAUGGACGCUUCCAGCACCCAGGAGAGAGACCCUGACCUGGCCCUCAGUCCAUUGCAGCUGGACCCUCCCAUCAGACAGGACUUGAGAAUGUCUGUCUCCAAGGAUAACCAGGCAUAUCUCCAGGAGCAGGAGACGUCAGCAAAAGCAAAGCAGGCAAAGCGUGACCGCACAAGCUCCACCAGUUCCGUCACUCUGUACAACUGGAACAAUGAUGACCAGGAUCCCCCAGAUAACUGUGGAGGUGGCGGAGGCUUCGGCAGUUUAGAUACAUCAGGAUCAAGAUUUGUCUUCUAAAGACUUCUUGGAUGACUGUCUCUUCCCUGUUGAAUAAAGAGACUUUGGGAACUGUCAGACUUGGCUGUCUUGAUGUGUCAUAUCAGCAAGUGCUCUAGGAUGGAAUAACAUGCUACGUUUGCUGCCCAGUAGGACAUAGAAGAAGGGGAAUACUAAGAUCUUCGCAAAUAAGUUCUUCCGUGUAUUGACAGUGUCAGUCAGCCCUGAACAAUGUAGAUGUGUGAAUCCUAAGAUCUUAGCAACAAGGUCUUCCCUGUGUGGACAAUGCCAAGCCGUGCCUACUUGUGUAUCAAGAAUAGUGCAUCUUUUCUUACUUGACUCUGACGCCAAUACAGGAUCGUGCUAUGAACACUUUGAACACAGGUGCAAAUAACAGAUCACCACAUGCUGUGUAUGCCUGACUUGAACUGAUGUGAAUUCUUAGGAAGGUGUUGCAAUAAUAGUUCCAGAAUUUUUAUGUUUCAGGAGUUUAUUUCUUGAGUAUUUUAAUUGUAUGUUAUGAUUUGGAAAGUUUUUGUUCUUCAAUGUUUUAGUUCAUAAAUAUGCAAAGAAUUGUUUCAGAUGUGCACAAUUAUUGUAGUUUCUUGGUCAGUGAUAAGUGAAGAUAUUGAUAGAACCGAUUGAUAUGAUUACAUGAGAUUAUUAUCCCCAAAACCUUGUGAUAGAUGGUGUGUACACAAGAUGUCUUUACGUUGUUUCGUUGUGAAGUAUUCACCAGAUUGCUCAAAUUCAUAUUCUAGUUGCCAGUGUUUUAAAUGAAUUUUGGCUUGCAUGUUAUUUAAGAAUAAUGUUUAUGGGAAGUUAUACCGGAAUGUAAAUCUGUCUCAUGAAAUUUGCUGAGUGUACAAGUAAGAAUGUUACUGAACAUUAAGUGGUCUCUCUGGAUUCUUUGAUUUAGCCUCAGACUGACAUUUAUUUUGUCAUAUUAGCCCUGAUAGUAUGAACCAGUUAAAGCUUCUGGUUGGAUGGUUUAUUUUGUUCAAAUUGAGUUUGCAUGGUUUGUUUUGUUCAAAUUAAGACUAUUUUCUUAAUAGAAUUUUUAUAAAUUUUCUUUUGGGGAUGGGAUCUCUUUUGUUUAAAUGGACAUAAUGGAUCUCAGAACUAUCAGAAAAAGGUGCCUAUCAAAUAAUUGCAAGAAUCUCUUACAUCAAACAGAUAAUUUUGAUGUCAUUUCUCCCCUUUACAUAAUAACAAAUAUUUUAGCUAACUUUCCACUUUUGUAUGAAAUAAUCUUAAUCAACCUUUGGUCACAUCUGUUGUCUGAUUAUUGUAUAUAUGCAAUAUCUCAUAUAUUUGUAUUCAUAUAAUUCAUAUUUAAUUCUUGAUAAGAUAAGAUGUCUUAGGGGUAUUUGAUGACAGGGUAAAAUUAUCAAAACGGCUGUUUAUGAAAAUAUGAUUCGAGAAGCCUGAACUGAUAUUAAGUACUAAGAUGACUGAAUGAUGAUACCUUGUGCAUCUGUGAUAAUUUAUUUACAGAUAUUUCUCUUUUUCAAAUGGACACCAUAUGAUGAUUGGACUUACAUGUACAUAACUUUUAAUAUAAUGGUUGUCUUGCAGACUUUAUCUCAUGAUCUCAAAACUGAUAUCAUAGGUUAUUAGACUAAUUAUGCAAUUACAUUCGGUUGUACAUUGUGUGUGAUUUCCCUGCAAAUAUGGCAUCUACCAAACUAUCUGCCCAGAUGUUAGGUUAGUAUCUUAACUGUAUUUGGGUAAUUUUAUAACUUUUACUGAAAAUACAUCAGAUCACCUUGCAUGUUAGGAAUGAUUAUAUACCGGUACAUUAGAUACUAUUAUUCACAGUCCAUUAUAUAACUGGAAUAUUGACCCAAAUGUACAAAGUAGCAGUGAUGGGGAGGGGCUGGUAUUUUUGUUUGUUAGAGGAUAUUUGUUUGGUCACUCAUUCUAAACAUACAAUUUCUAAUCUUUAUUGUUUGUGAAAGAUGGAGUCAAAAAGUUUAAAAGAUUUCACAACACAUUUUCUUUUUUAGGAAAUCCAGCAUAUUCAGGGAAGAAUUUAUGUUUGGGGGCAACACCUGACCCCAAAAUGUUCCAUUUUAUAUCUGGAACAAAUGUGUCUUUAAACAAAAAUUCACAGGCCCCGUCAGAAUUUCAAGUACAUGACUGCAGUAGUGGAUGACCCACCUGCAGCCUGUAUCCCCUCCUUGUAUCAAUAUAACCUGCUCGUAUCACUCAUGUAAGCUAAGAACCAUGUAAAGUGUACACAUAUAUUGUCCAAUGCAUAACCAGACAAGGGGCAACAUAUAGUUCACAGACGGAUAGUCUCAGAUCGGAGAGUUAACAUUUGUUUUUAACUGAUUACAAUGAAUGCAGACAUAGAUGGGUUGUUUGUUGCAUGAUUUAAUAAAGGGCAUUUCUGACACAUAGUGUUUUAUGGAAGUAGUUCUAAACUGGAUUGUUUUCAAUAAAUGUUAUGAUUUUAAGAAAGGGAUUAUGUAUAUUGCUUACCAUGAAAUUUGGCAAUUUUUUCCCCCUUAAACUUGUGCCAAUAAUAUUUUUUGAUUGUUUGUAUAGUUUGAUAACUUAAGUGAUAAAACAAUUGUAACAAAUUCCUUUUAUUUUCAUAAAUAUGUAUUGCAAACAGUUCCAACCUAACGCCAAUAUAAAUCUUGCAUAUAAGAUUCCAUGAUAACUUUAAAUGGGUAAAUAUAUGAUAAAGCAGGUACACUAUAUGUUACAAAUACAUGUAGUUCAGACAUGUUUCUGAUAAGACUUAAAUUACGCAACCGAUGUACAAGAAAAGGAAAUCAGUUACAUGAUUGUGCAUUACUGAGAAUAAAGAGAAUACUAUA